UUUUAUAUUUUAGGUUAAAAAUCUGUAAGAGCCUGAUUUUAGAAUUCACCAGCUCCUCAGAAGUUUGGCGAAAUAUGAAUUAUUAAGCCUACGUUCAGAUCAAGUUAGCAGCUAGACUGGUGUGACAACCUGUUUUUAAUCAGUGACUCAAAGCUGUUAUCACCCUGAUGUCACCGAAUGGCCACAGCUUGUAAAAGAUCACCAGGAGAAUCCCAGUCUGAGGACAUUGAAGCUAGCCGAAUCCUGCAUAGGACUGUCAAGAUGCUGGUCAGUAGUGGGGAUCAAGCGUCCAUGAAGCGAGCAGCUGCAAAGCAUCUAAUAGAACGCUACUACCACCAGUUAACUGAGGGCUGUGGAAAUGAGGCCUGCACGAAUGAGUUUUGUGCUUCCUGUCCAACUUUUCUUCGUAUGGAUAACAAUUCAGCAGCUAUUAAAGCCCUUGAGCUUUAUAAAAUUAAUGCAAAACUCUGUGAUCCUCAUCCCUCCAAGAAAGGAGCAAGCUCAGCCUACCUUGAGAACUCAAAAGGUGCAACUAACAACUCAGAGGUAAAAACGAACAAGGAUGGAAAAGGAGCUAAAUCUGAUUAUAAAGAUGUGAUUUACCUAACUGAAGAGAAAGUAUAUGAAAUUCUUGACGUAUGUACAGAGAGUGAUGAUUACUCCCCUUUAAUUCGAGUAAUUGGAAGAAUUUUUUCUAGUGCUGAGGCAUUGGUUCUGAGCUUUCGGAAAGUCAAACAACACACUAAGGAGGAAUUGAAAUCUCUUCAAGAAAAGGAUGAAGACAAGGAUGAAGAUGAAAAAGAAAAGGCUGCUGCUGCUGCUGCUGCUGCUGCCGCCGCCGCUGCUGCUGCCGCCGCCGCUGCCGCUGCCGCCGCCGCUGCCGCUGCUGCUGCUAUGGAAGAAGACUCAGAAGCAUCUUCUUCAAGGAUGGGUGAUAGCUCACAGGGAGACAACAAUGUACAAAAAUUAGGUCCUGAUGAAGUGACUGUGGAUAUUGAUGCCAUUAGAAGGGUCUACGCCCGUUUGCUCGCUAAUGAACAAUUAGAAACUGCCUUUCUCAAUGCACUUGUAUAUCUGUCACCUAACGUGGAAUGUGACUUGACAUAUCAUAGUGUGUAUGCCCGAGAUCCUAAUUAUCUCAAUUUGUUCAUUAUUGUAAUGGAGAAUAGUAACCUCCACAGUCCUGAAUAUCUGGAAAUGGCCCUGCCAUUAUUUUGCAAAGCUAUGUGUAAGCUACCCCUUGCAGCUCAAGGAAAACUGAUUAGACUUUGGUCUAAAUAUAGUGCAGACCAUAUUCGGAGAAUGAUGGAAACAUUUCAGCAACUUAUUACUUACAAAGUCAUAAGCAAUGAAUUUAAUAGCCGAAAUCUAGUGAAUGAUGAUGAUUCCAUUGUUGCUGCUUCAAAGUGUUUGAAAAUGGUUUACUAUGCAAAUGUAGUAGGAGGGGAAGUAGACACAAAUCACAAUGAGGAAGAAGAUGAAGAGCCCAUACCUGAGUCCAGUGAAUUGACACUGCAGGAGCUUUUGGGAGAGGAUAGAAGAAACAAGAAAGGCCCUCGAGUGGACCCAAUAGAAACUGAACUUGGUGUUAAGACUCUAGAUUGUCGAAAACCACUUAUCUCCUUUGAAGAAUUCAUUAACGAACCACUGAAUGAUGUUCUAGAAAUGGAUAAAGAUUAUACCUUUUUCAAAGUUGAAACAGAAAACAAAUUCUCAUUCAUGACCUGUCCCUUUAUAUUGAAUGCUGUCACAAAGAAUUUGGGAUUAUAUUACGAUAAUAGAAUUCGCAUGUACAGUGAACGCAGAAUCACUGUUCUCUACAGCCUAGUUCAAGGACAGCAGUUGAAUCCAUAUUUGAGACUCAAAGUCAGGCGUGAUCAUAUCAUAGAUGAUGCACUUGUCCGGCUGGAGAUGAUUGCUAUGGAAAAUCCUGCAGACUUGAAGAAGCAGUUGUAUGUGGAAUUUGAAGGAGAGCAAGGAGUGGAUGAAGGAGGUGUUUCCAAAGAAUUUUUUCAGUUGGUUGUGGAGGAAAUCUUUAAUCCAGAUAUUGGUAUGUUCACAUAUGAUGAAGCCACAAAAUUAUUUUGGUUUAAUCCAUCUUCCUUUGAAACCGAGGGUCAGUUUACUCUGAUUGGCAUAGUCCUCGGUCUGGCUAUUUACAAUAACUGUAUACUGGAUGUCCACUUUCCCAUGGUUGUCUACAGGAAGCUAAUGGGGAAAAAAGGAACCUUUCGUGACUUGGGAGAUUCUCACCCAGUUUUAUAUCAGAGUUUAAAGGACUUAUUGGAAUAUGAAGGGAAUGUGGAAGAUGAUAUGAUGAUCACUUUCCAGAUAUCACAGACAGAUCUUUUUGGUAACCCAAUGAUGUAUGAUCUAAAGGAAAAUGGUGAUAAAAUUCCAAUUACAAAUGAAAACAGGAAGGAAUUUGUAAAUCUCUAUUCCGACUACAUUCUCAAUAAAUCAGUAGAAAAACAGUUCAAGGCGUUUCGCAGAGGUUUUCAUAUGGUGACUAAUGAAUCUCCCUUAAAGUACUUAUUCAGACCGGAAGAGAUUGAAUUGCUUAUAUGUGGAAGCCGGAAUCUAGAUUUCCAAGCAUUAGAAGAAACUACAGAAUAUGAUGGUGGCUAUACAAGAGAGUCUGUUGUGAUUAGGGAGUUCUGGGAAACUGUUCAUUCGUUUACAGAUGAACAGAAAAGACUCUUCUUGCAGUUUACAACUGGCACAGACAGAGCACCUGUUGGAGGACUGGGAAAAUUGAAGAUGAUUAUAGCCAAAAAUGGCCCAGACUCAGAAAGGUUACCUACAUCUCAUACUUGCUUUAAUGUCCUUUUACUACCGGAAUAUUCAAGCAAAGAAAAACUUAAAGAGAGAUUGUUGAAGGCCAUCACAUACGCCAAAGGAUUUGGCAUGCUGUAAAGAAGCAAAAACAAAAAGAAAAAGAAAAAAAAAAGAAAAACAUUUAAAAAAACAUAAUAAAUAUAGUAAGAGGGAUAAUUUGGUGGUGAUAGUGUCCCAGUACAAAAAGGCUGUAAGAUAGUGAACCACAGUAGUCAUCUAUGUCUGUGCCUCCCUUCUUCAUUGGGGACAUUGUGGGCUGAACAGCAGAUUUCAGCUACAUAUAUGAACAAAUCCUUUAUUAUUAUUAUAAUUAUUUUUUUGCGUGAAAGUGUUACAUAUUCUUUCACUUGUAUGUACAGAGAGGUUUUUCUGAAUAUUUAUUUUAAGGGUUAAAUCACUUUUGCUUGUGUUUAUUACUGCUUGAGGUUGAGCCUUUUUGAGUAUUUAAAAUAUAUAUACCAACAAAACUACUCUCGCAAGGAAAACAUUGCCACCAUUUGUAGACCAUGUAAUCUUCAAGUAUGUGCUUUUUUCUUGCUUUUUUUUUUCUUUUCUUUUUUUUUUCUUUUUUUGUCCCUGAAUCUAGCUCAAAUCAGGACCUUUUUUCUUUUUUUCCUUUUUUUCCCUAUCAGUUUGCUUUUGAAACUUGAAGUCUUAGAAACAGUAUGGUGCAAGUACUGCUGUUCUAGCCCCCAAAGAGUUUUCUGUACAAAAUUUUGAGAAUCAAUAAAGAUGGAAGGGAGAACUUGGAAUGUUUGAACCACAGCCCUCAGAACUUUAGUAACAGCACAGCAAAUUAAAACAACUCAUGCCACAGUAUGUUGUCUUCAUGUGUCUUGCAAUGAACUGUUUCAGUAGCCAAUCCUCUUAGUAUAUGAAAGGACAGGGAUUUUUUGUUGUUGUUGUUUUUGUUUUUGUUGUUUUAAGUUUACUGGGGAAAGUGCAUUUGGCCAAAUGAUAGGUUAGUCAAGCCUAUUGCAACAAAAUUACAAAGUUUGUUGUAUAAACAAGCAUGUAAAAGUGCUCUUAAAAUGAAUCUUUAUUAUUACCUAGAUUUUAAAUAGACAAUCCAAAGUCUCCCCUUCUGUUGCCAUCAUCUUAUUUAAUCAGCUAUUUUUCAAGGCACUCGAUCAGUGUUGCAGCAUAACAGAAAGGAUGGCUACUGUGCCUUGUGUUACUUAGUCACACAGUAAGCAGGCCUGCAAAUGAAUGGAACUAUUACUCCUGAGAAUUACAUUGUAUAUCCCCCAAAUUAAAUUUUACAUCAAAAAGUGUUAAAUAUUCAUGUGCUGUAGAAAAGUACAAGUAGGCUUAAAUUACUGGAUAUUUAAUGUAGUUUCCCAUUCCUAGUCUUCUAUGUCUGUGAUGUUAAUUUCUUUUGUUGCAUAAGAAAAUAAAAGAAUUAUGUAUUUUUAACUAAGGAGAGACAUACUGGUAUAUCAUUUUACUACAAGCUACAGCUAAUUUGUUGAGCUUGUGAUUUGAUUCUUUUAACAAUUAGUGCAAAUCAACCUUAUAUUUUAAAAUUGGCAGGGGAAAAUGUAGCUUUCAAAUCAUUGGAAAUGCUUUUUUCAAAUCAUUUUUCAUUCUUGUAGUAAUCAAAACAGAACUAUUAUUUACUGUAAUGCUAAAUAAAGCAGUGGCUUAAAAAAAGAAAACUAUACCUUAAUGGGAGAAAAAGAACACAGUGCUUUCUAUACUGUGAUAAGGUAAUGUGGUUUUUUUUUUUUUUUUUUUUUUCCCCCUGGGAUAGCCUUUAGAACACUGUUGUGGUAUGUAUGCUACCUUGAUUAUAGGACCCAUAAAUGUGACUAUAGUCAUCUUAAAGGGCCUCUUCAUCCACUGAGCUUCUUAUGUAUUUUGAAAGUGAUAAGAAGACAAAUUAAGUGGAUAUACUUUAUACAAUAAAUUUGUGAAGAAAUUUGUGUUCUUCAGUUCUCAAGUUUUAUUGUUGCUACAGUAUUGAAGUAGCUGUGAUACUAUAUCUGUGUGAAAGUUUAAGUGAUAAUAUAGAUUAUCAGACAGAAGUAACAUCAAUAUAUUUAAUAGAAAGUGGAAAAAUACCCUAAAAAGUUUUAAGAAGAAAAAAAUAAACUCUUAUUUGCUUCAUAAUCAGUUUUUCUCAGCAUGUUACCACGUUAUUAUGGCUGCCUUUCCAUUAUUGCUUUCUUAGAAUGUCAAGGAACAGUAUCUUAUGAGUAAAAGUAUACCUUUUAGUGUUGUAGAACAUUUCAAACUUAAAGCUUAAAAAAAGCACAGCCUGCAGCAAAAAUUUUCUGGAGACUUGGCAGCUGCAGCAAAUGAAUUGAGUGUCUGAUUGUAUAUAUUGUGGUCUAUAGUUAAUUGUGUGAUCAAAUCCAGUUACAAUUACCUUAGCUUUAUUUGGAGAUACAUCCCUGUAUAGGAAGAUAUAUUAUCAAAAGAAACCUAUAAAUGAGGCUUCAGAGAACUUGUUCAUAUUAACAUGUGGCACAUGCUUAUAAUUGGGCAGCAUCACUCCCUAUUUCUGUGAGGUGGCUGUACUGAAACUUAAACUGAUGUAAGGAGUUUUUUUCUCAAGAAUCCACAUAACCUCCUGGAGAGAGAAGUGUUUUUCUGAGGCUACAUUUUGUGAUGUUCUUCCCUUUAGUUGCUUAAGACUAUCUUUAUCCUUUCUACCCUUCCCAGGGCCACCAGAGUAAAAUAUGAUAAUAAUAGCAACUUUCACUUGCUGCUUCUCUCAUCUUUUCUCCUCUUAUUCUAUCAAACCAUAGAUCUUUCUGUCUCUCUCUCGUGUGUGUGUGUGUGUGUGUGUGUGUGUGUGUGUGUGUGUGUGUGUGUGUGUGUGUGUGUGUGUGUGUGUAUCAUAUUAGCCAACUGGAAAAGGAAGUCAGAGAGUUGGAAAAGACUAGAUCUUUGAAAGGAAGACUUUUUCUUUCUUCCUUCCUUUCUUUUUUUUUUUUUUUUUUUUUUUUUUUUUUUUUGUGACUCUCUACAUUCUACCUUCUUUAUACCACAAACACACUUUCCUUUAUCCCGGUAAAGAUGGCAGCUGGCACACCUUGGAUCAUUCUGCUAUUACUAGUCCCUCAUUUUCACAGAGGAAUCCUCUAGAUGCUGUUCUCUGUAAAUGUAUGUGAGUCAUAUUUAACAUUUCUUAUACUUUGUAAGUCAAAGAUUCCUGUAAAUUCUGAAGGAAACUUUCAGUGACUGUCAAGUACCUGUGCAUGUAGUCCUUCAUUUGCACAAAACAGGUCAGUCACUGUAACUUGAGAGUUUAUACACCUUACUUAAAGUCAUAUAGCCAGGAAAAAGGAUGACUAGUGCUAUGGUGGGCCUACAUGACCACCUAAUAAUUGUCAUAUUCUCUUUGCCAAAAAAAAAAAAAAAAAAAAAAAAUUCAACCAUCAAAUUAAGAUUCUUAGGCUGACAUGCAUGGUACCUAGGAUCAUUAUCCUAAUUAUUUUUCAUUCCCCAGAAAUACAUAGAAAAUGAUGUGGAAGGUGUAUGGAAAAUAGUAGAGUGGUUGAGAUUGCAUCUUUCACUCAAAGGACUUCAGAGUUUAGUUUGGGCCUGCCAUUGCCUUGACUUAGAUCAUACCCAAUCCUACCUUAUCUCUAGUUGUGUGGUUUUAAUGAAAUACAGAUGUUAGAUAACAUCUUGGAAGACACCCUGAGGGGAAUUCUCCCAGAAUUUGCUUGUUAACUAAAAGAAAAACAUCAAGAGAUUGGAAAUGCCUGUAAUAAAGAUCUAUUUUGGAAGAGUUGACCUUAUCUCAUCCACUUUUAAAUAGGAGAGAUGUGCUUUCCCUCAUAUUUGUUUGAGAUACAAUUCACAUAAUAUAAAAUUCAUCCCUUUAAAAAGUGUAAAAUUUGUGGUUAUAGUAUAUUCACAGAGUUGUGAAGUUGUCAUUAUAUAUAAUUCCAGAGCAUUUUCAUCACUGUAAAAAGUUUUCUGUACUCAUUAGGUGUGACUGCCUGUUCUUAACCCCCAGCCCCUGGCAACUACUCAUCUACAUAUGCCUAUGAAUUUGCCUAUUUUGGACAUUUCAUGUUAAUGGAGUCAUAUAAUAUGUGGCCUUUUGUGUCUGUUCCCCACCCCCCAUCCCCAAAGUAAUGAGUUCAAAGUACAUCUUUGUUGUAGCAUGUAUCGGUACUGUUUCUUUCGUGACUGAAUAUUGUCAUUGUAUUGAUAUAAUGUAUUUUUUUGCUUGUCUGUUUGGUUGUGGAUACUUGUGUUGUUUCUGCUUUUUGCAUAUUAUGAAUACUACAACUAUGAACACUUUGUGUACAAGUUAAAUUUUAAUUUCUCUUGCGUCUUGUAAGCAUCUUACGGUUUUAGUUCUUAAAUUUAGGUCCUUGAUCCAUUUUUGCAUGUGGUGCAUUGUAGGGAUCCAGUUUCAUUCUUUAAUAUGUGACUAUCUAGUAGAACAAAUAACUAAUUGUUACAUAGACUGAUAAUCAUUUCUUUAUGAGUGGGAUUGGCAUCCUUGUGAAAAACAAAACAAAUCCUCACCCCACCCCAUAUAAGUGACUGUAAAAAUGUACUCCUCAACUUUUAUCCAUUGUCCUGUUCUUAAGCCAGUACCACAUUGUCUUACUUGUAGCUAUGUAGUAAGUUUUGAAUUUAGGAUGUUUGAGUCCACCAACUUUGUUCUACUUCAAGAUCAUUUUACCUAUUCUGGGUCCCUUGCAUUACACAUGGAUUUUAGGAUCAAUUUGAUUUGUUAAUUUCUUUGUAACAAGCACCUGUGAUUUUGAUAGUUUUUGUGUUGAUUCGAUACAUCAGAUUAAAGUAUGUUGGUAUUUUAACAGUAUUAAAUUUUCUAAUCCAUAAACAUGGAGUGUCUUUCCAUUUAUUUAGGUCUGUAAUUUCUUUCAAUGCUGUUUUAUAGAUUUUAGUGUAUACAUCUUGAUUUUUGGGGGGUGGGUUAAAUGUUUUUCAAAGGUAUUCUUCUUGAUGCUAUUCCAAACAAUUGUUUUCUUUUUUGUAUUAUUCAUUGCUAGCAUCUAGAAAGAAUUUAAUUUUGUGUAUUGACCUUAUAUACUAUAGCUAUUCUGAGCUUAUUUUGUUUUUGUUUUUUUUUUUUUAUCCAAGAUUGUGUUUCUGUUAAUAGAAAUACUUUUUCUUCCUUUCCAAUCUGGUUUCUUUUUAUUUGAUUUUCCUGCUUAAGUGCCCUGGCUAGCAUGUCCAGUAUAAUAUUAAAUAGAAGUGGCAAGAGUGGACAUCUUUUUCUUGUUCCGUGAUUUUAGGGGCAAAGUAUUAGGUCUUUCACCAUUAAGUAUGAUGUUAGCUGUGGGUUUUUGAUAGAUGCUGCAAGUUGAGGAAAUUCCAUCUAUUCCUACUUUAUUGAGUGUUUUUUUUUUUUAAUCAAAAAAGUAUUGAAUUUUGUCAAAUGCUUCUGUAUCAAGGUUGUCAUGUAGUUUUGUCCUUUAUUGAUAUGUUGUAUUACAUUGAUGGAUUUUGUAUAUUGAACAAACCUUGCAUUCCUGGAAUAACCCCACUUGUCUAUGCUACAUAAACCAUUUUCUAUGCUGCUG